AUGCUGUGCUCGGUGACGUUCGGCGCUGUUGGCAUCUGGCAGAAGCCGUUGUGGCUCGGAAGGCUACCAGCUGCUGCGACCGAGGGUUGCAACCUAGACCCUAGAGGCGCGAUGGCGAUGACGACCAUCGUGCCGCACAACAGGAGCCAGCAAUGCCACGACGACGAUGAUGAUGUCAUGUGGGGCGAUCGCUGCCCUCACGUUCGCGUGCGUUGGCCUGACCUUGUGGGGGUCACGAUGCAGCAGAGGGUGACCCAGCUGUACUGCCUGACGGAGUCCAUCUGGGUCCCCGCAGCCGUGGAGACAGUGGACGGCUUUUCUCGCAAGCGCUCGGCCGAGAAAGUUGGCAUCCUCAACGUUCGCGCUGGGCCCUGGGUUGUGCCGAGGGACGAGAUCGACAUCACUGCGUACGCGGAUAAGGCUUCCAAGACCACGAAGGCUGUCGCGCUCCAGCGCUACAAUUUGCUCCACUGGGCCACGCUCUACGAGGGCUUGCAGGCUGCCGUGGGCGACGAAGGCAACGCUGGCAACUCAGUCGUGGAGGCGUCGUUGCGGGAUGGCCCCCAGAAUUGCAAAGUGUUCCACAAGCGAACUCCCGCGUACGUGCAGGAGUACCUCGCCGACGUUGGCAACGAUACGGACGACGAGCAGAGUUCGCGGACUGCCCUCCAGGUGUCGAUGUCCCAUGACAGCGUCGAGUCGACCUUCUUCCAGGAGAAGAAGCUGUACGAGUGGUCAGUGGCAAGCUUGGGCCAGCGGCAAUACGCAGAGAAGGGGUUCGAGGUCGCUGAGAGCAUGUUCGUUAACCGUUGGCGUUCGAGCCACCAGUAUGAUCAGAGCCUCAGCGCAUACAAAGAAGCAAAACAUAAAGUCAACGUGCUGCCCUCGGGCACGAGAGUCUGGGACGCCGUGUGGGAGCAGAGCCAGGCCAGCGUUGAUUGGAUGCACCCCGCGAUCAACGGCAAGCACUGGAACGUCAUCGACAACUUCGUGCAUUGCAUGAAGCUCGUGAAGAAAGGCUUCCCUGGCUACGCCGUGGACUUGUUCCUGUUGUCGUUGUCCCGCAUUCCGACCGCGGUCGCGGGGGUCUCAACCUUCCUCCCGCAGGGCCUGGACACCAGCAAGUUGCACUGUUUGACCGAAUUGCACGUCGAGAAUCUCUUGUUGCCCAUGGAAGGGAGCACGGCGCUGAAGGAUGUCCAGGCAGCGAGGGUGGAGGCUAGCGCCGAGAAGAAGGCGCACAAGAGGCGUCGGACCGUUGCACUCGAGGAAGGGCCUGGCCUGGACCCGGCCAGGACCAUGGUGUGGCUGGGCGACUUGACUAAUUUCUUUGAUUGCUGCUCUUCUAAGCUCAGGUGCGAUGCAGACGCGAUCAACAGCAUGAAAUAUAUUUCAAUUUAUGCGACUUCCACUGGCUCCGUAUGCCUCUACUCUCAGCCCAACGGCCAGAAACAGACCGUCAUCACCAAGUGGAGCAUUCUGAGAAAGAUAAGGAAGAAGGGUGCUUAUCGGCGAUCCCAGCUUCAGCCGAGGCCGACGGACCCUGACUUCAACGUGGGCGAGACCUUGGACGCCGCGCCGAUUCAGGAAGACGUUCACGUCCCCUCCGAGGACAUGGUCCCCGACUACUUGCCUGUCGUUGGGGGCACCGUGGCGCACUUGAAGAAACACCCGCCCGAUGACGAGGAGUCCUGGAAGACCAUGGUCGCCCAGGGAGUCGGGGCCGUGGUGAUGAGUAGCAUGGCCAAGAUCUACAGCAAUAAGGACUGCAGCCCUGGGGCUGCUUCGAAGUACGUGGUGGAAGCGGCCGCAGACUUCGCGCUCGCGCUACUUCCCUUCAAUGUCGACGUAGACUUCGAGAAGUUGCUGCGGGCGAUCAAGGACAUGAAGUCGGAUGUUCCCGAAGCGUGCCAGCAGCGCGUGAUUUUCCAAGAGAAGGGCUUUCUCAAACCCAAGUCCAUGCGAUGGAAUCUCGCGAUUCGCGUGGUGUGCGAGAUGGGCCAGGUCAGAACUCCCAGCGGGGCCCAGGUCAUCGGCAAUGAGGUAAUAAAGGUGCUCGAAGUGUGCAAGGACUCGUUCAAGUUCUGCAGUGGCGCGCAGGAUGAAGAGCCCCGGGUGGUUGGGGCCGAAGCAACCUACAACCUGACGUUCCACGAUGCCCUCGACAAGCUCUACGGCGCAGUUCUGACGUUCGAUUUGCAAGAUGAAGGGCAGCAGGAGAAGUGCAACUUCUCAGUCCCGAAGUCGCACGACAUGUUCCCUGAGCAGAAGCAGGCCGUGCUGAAUGAAAUCGUGAAGUGUUGGGAGGCCACCUACCCCGGCUUCAAUAUCGUCAAGCUCGCUGGCCGCUGCGUGAAGGGCGAAGCUUCGCCUGCCGAUGUCAUGGAGGUGGGCCUGCGUCUCUCGAUGCCAGCUCCGCCCGCGGGUGCCGGCGCCGGGGGCGCCGCCGCGGCGGCGUCGAGCGGCGACCUUCCCGCGGAGGUCACCUGCGAAGACGACGAGGACAAGACGUACUACGUCGAUCAGUGGUUCAAGAAGGCGUGCGAGGCGGAGGUUGGCAUUGAGAAGGAGGUGGAGCUCAAGCCGCCAGGGGCGGGUGCGGUCGCAUCCCCCCCAUUCUCAGCGGUUUUCCUUCGCCACUUGAUCAACCAAGUGCAGGAGAAGCUCUUCCCGCUGCACCUUGAUCCCAAGUUGCAGGGGGUCGGCUUGGAGAAGCUGGUGCUGGAGCAGAAGGCGCACUCAUCUUCCACGGCGAUGGUCAUCAAGCAGAGCGAGCCUGGCGACGUGCAGCUCAACUUUCGCGGCAGUGUGGUCGAGUACGAGGAGACGCGCGGGUUGUCCGAGUCGUCGCUGCUGCACCUUGGAUCCUCCAACGGCGUUUCGCUCUUCCUCAACGGCAGCAGGUUCCAGAACUUCGAGAGGAGCGACUUUAACUUGGCCUGGCUGGUGAAGGUGGCCCCAGACAAGAAAGCAGACGAUUCGUCAUCCCACGCGCCCGAGGUCAAGAAGAGGAAGAGCAAUAAGAAGGAGGCGCCACCCGUGAUCACUCACAAGUUGGCGUUCGAGUCGGUCGAGUUCGACCUGGUGGACCCGAGGACCAAGCAAGUCUACGCGUUCUCGUUCAAGAAGCCGCUCCUCGUCCCGAACCCCGACCUGACAGACGACCAGAAGAUCGGCGAGCUGCUGCGCGAGAAGGCUGCUGGCGUCGGCGAUGUCAUCGCAAGGAAGAUGCCGAAG